AGUGAAAACUUCUAACGCUCGUUGCUUUGGCUUUGGAUAAUGAAAUGGUGCGAUUCCCCUUUUUUUUGAAACCAAUAAAGCAAAAAACAAAAGCCAAAGCAGUGAUUUUUACAUUGCAGAUUCAGAGCCAGAGAGGAAACAAAGCACGACAUUCAAAAUUUUUCUAACUUUUUAGAGGGAUCUCUUCAAGAUAUUCUCUAUUUGUGAUUUGUCUCAUCAACCUCUGCUACUCCUACUACUUUUAACACUCUCCUUGAAUCAAAAUUCACAUUCCUUUACUGUUUUGUUCUCUUCUUCAAACACCCUUUUCUUCCAAAGUCCUAUACUGUUUCGUUUUAGUGGUUGAGGUUUUGUUUUUGUUCUUUUUAACAUCAACCCACUUUUUGUUUCUUGUCAAAAUUUCUUCUUCGGUUUAUUUCUAGUCAUUUCAGAAACACCAUCAUUACCUCUAAUUAGCAUUGUCUUCUUUCUUUUUCUCUUUCCCGCUCAUUAAUCUUUUUUUGUUUCAUGCAAUGGAAUCUUUAUUGUUUUGUUUGAAAGACUGGUGCUUUAUUGAUUUAAUUUUCUAUGGUUAAUUAUGGUGUGAAUCAAGAAUUAAAAAUAGAUUUUUAAGUGUGGUGGGGGCUUAUGGGCGGUGCUGGUGAUGGUGGUAGUGGUAGAGUUCAAGUAGUUGAUAGUAAAGGGUGUUCAAGGUUGUUUGUGGGGAUGUCAGCUUCAUUGCCUUCUUUUAGAGGGUUGCAAUCUUUUGAGCCAAUGUCUCCUGUUACUUCCUCUAUUGGGUCUGAGCCUGUCGUGGUUAGAUCACAUGGUCCAUUUGCUGGUCUUGUUAUUUGUGUUACCGGUCUAUCCAAAGAAGCUAGGAAACAAGUCAUGGAAGCAACAGAGAGAUUAGGUGGUCAAUACAGCCCUAAUUUGCAUCCUCAGUGUACUCAUUUGGUGGUUCAGAGCUUUGGUGGACGUAAAUUAGAGCAUGCUUUGAAGCAUGGAUCUAAAAUUGGUCUCUUUGUUGUAAAGCUGGGAUGGUUUGUGGACAGUGUCAGGAGGAAUGUGAGGUUGAGUGAAUCACUCUAUAGUGUCAAGAGUGUUGGGGAAAAUGGUGCACGCUUAGAUGAAAUGAAUCGGCUUGUCGGUUUUACUGGUGCUGAAAAUGCUUGUCUUCCUGUUGGUAUUAAUGAUGCCAAGCAAUUCAACAAGAGUGAAGGGCUGCAUCAACUAUCUUCUGGAAGAAGUCCUAUCAAAAGUAUUGGCUUGAACCUGUCUGGCAAUUCCAUGUAUGUUGAUUCAGACAUUUCAGAUGAUCUGCGAAGUAAGGUUUAUGAGGCAGCUACAAGAGAAGGUGCCAAGGUUUUAGAUCGAUGGUUUGUUGGUUGCAGUGCAAGUUAUGUGGUGUGUGAAGGGGCUUCUAUCCAAAAAUACCUUGGCCAUUCUAGUAACCUUGUUACUCCACCAUGGAUUCUGAAAACCGUGAAGGAGAAGCACAUGCAGAGGCUUGUUCACAUGUCUGCUGAUUUGGCCAGACAUGUUGGCGUGAUGCUGGAAAAUUUUCAAAAUCACAUUACAGAAGAGGAAAUGGAUGGAAGAAAUGUUCCUCAAGAUCCACAGAGUUUGAGAGGUACAGCAAAUCACGAAGAAAGGCUACAGAUUGUGAAUAUUGCUAAGAAUGGGGUUAGAAAUCGUCGCAGUCAUCGUAUGCAGACCUGUCAAACCCCAAUACGACCAAUAACCCCUAGCAGCCUUCUGGAUUCAAUCUGCUGGUCAAUAUCUGAGCCAACUUCAACAGCUUCUAUUUACACGGACUCUUUUAGUAGCGAAGAUGUUAGUGAACAGCAUACAUCUGUAUUUUUUGAUGCAAAAGGAGACAUCAAGGACUCAGAAGCUUCAUUCACAAACUUAACUCGGCCACUGACGGAGAGUGAGAAAACCGAAUUGAUAUUUAAGAAUCACUUUCUGACUAUACUUUUUCCCGUUGACCGAUUUUCUGAAAUGGGGCCAUCUUCAAGAACCUUUUUCAGUGAAAAUGGUUUUACAUGUUUGGAGGUUUUAGAUCAUAUAUAUGCAUUUUAUCAGGAGGAUAUGUCAUGGCAAGAAAUAGGAGCUGCUAUUCAUACUGAUUCCAGACAUGCUGACAGGCUUCGAUCGGCGUACUCCAGCAAAGAAACAUCAGUGCAUGGUUAUGUGAUUUUUAAACGGAUUGAUUUCUUAGGGAGCCGUAAGAGUUUUGAGAUGCUGAAGCGUGUUAGCGGGGAUAACAACAGCAAUGUAUAUGAGCUUAUGAUUAGAGCAUGAUGUCACCGUAUCAAGCUGGCAUACACGCUGCUUUAUAGUCACUGGCCAAUGGUGAUGUGUGAAAACUGAGAAAGCUCAAUGCUGUGGGAGUUUGCUGUUUCCACCACCAGUUUUCUGAGAAUGAAAGACGGUUUCUACUUUGCAUCACACAAUUACCCUCUCUUUGCAUAUACAUAUAUACUUGCAUUUGGUGUGAAUAAGGAACAAUAGAUGAGUGAAAAUCCCAACAAAUUUUGUUGUUUUUCCUAACAACACCUUUUAUCUAUACAGAUCUCUUCAGUGGGUGCGCUUUGACACCAUACAUACCAUGUAAAUUUAACUCAUUGCAUAGAUGAGGUCUUUUGAUCAACCCAAAAUAACUCUCUUAAUGCGAAUGUCAAACCAAAAAGGGCGAGUGGAUUUGUUCUGCUUCGUGUGUUAUUAUUCAAGUUGCCAUUUGACAGAAAGUGAGUUGUCAAUGAAUUGUCA